AUGGGGGAAACCCCUGAGCUUGUGGUCGCUGUUGAUUUUGGCAUGACCUGCACUGGCGUCGCGUAUGCAAAUCUAACGCGUUCCCGCAACGUCUACUAUGUUCAACGGUGGCCAGGUCGGGGUCAGGCCAACGAAAACAAGGUGCCGACGGUCGUUACAUAUGAUAAACACACGGCGAGAGUCUCAAGCUGGGGGUUUUUAUCAGAAAACCGGUAUGAACAGAACAGCCCUGAUCGCGAAUACUGCCAGUGGUUCAAGACGUGUGUCGAUGAAGAUCAUUACCAAAAGUUGCGAGCAAAAGAUCCAAAUGCCGCCCCUCGAAGCCAACAAGAUGUUGACAGGUGGACGGAGGAUUACAUGCAAUCGUUGUACAAUUGGGUGAAGUCUAAGCUCGAGGCAGAGAUACCGCCUGAAAAGAGUUGGGGAAACACGCGAAUCGAGUUCGUCUUCUCUGUGCCUACGACCUGGCAACCGCAACCGACAGUCCAAAAAUUCAAAACCAUUGUAAGAAAGGCUGGGUGGGGAUCGGGGGUAGCCCACACGGUCACCAUUGGCCUGACAGAAGCAGAGGCCGCGGCCGUUUAUGUGGCUUGCGAAUCCUCUGUAAGCUUCAAGGAAAACGAUGUCUUGCUGGUUGCUGAUUGCGGUGGUGGCACGACGGAUCUGAACAUCUUGAGAGUCAAAGACCUGCAGGGGUCUAUUCCACACCUGCAGCAACUGAGCGUGGUUGAGGGCAAGGCUAUUGGAUCUACUCAGAUCGACCUUGAGUUUGAGGAUCUUGUGUACAGCCGACUUGAGAAGGCUGACGCAAUGUAUCCCAUGAAUCUCGACUUGGAAACCGCAGCAUGGACCAUGAUGAAAAGCUCGCAAUACCUCGAUACGAAAUGUUGCUUCGGACAGCCAGAUGAUUUAGACUUCCGAGUCGCUAUACCUGACCUCCACUUCAGCUACUCGAACCCGCAACAUGGCAUCUUCGAUGGCCAUAUGCAUUUCAAGUUGUCGGAUCUUCAGAAACUAUUCGACAAACAGAUCACACAACUCUUCGCUUUGAUCGAUCAUCAGCUUCAAAACUUUGCGAUCUCCCACCCAGGUCAGAGAGUUCAACAUCUUGUCUUAUCCGGCGGUCUCGGCAACUCAACCUACGUGCAGUAUCGAUUGCGAGAACGGUAUUCGACAAGUGUAAAUGGGCUUACAAGGUCACGUUAUCUGGCAGUGCAUGUGAGCUCAGAACCGCAGCUGGCCGUUUGCAAGGGACUCUGCCUAGAUAGAGUGAGGAAUUCGCAGCACUCCAAACCCGUCUUGAUUUGGCGGUGUUGCAGAGCCAGCUACGGCACAGACUGCAAGAUCUUGUAUAACCGAAAAAACCCCGAGCAUAUUGGCAGGACGACGAUGACCGACAGACUCGAUGGCAAGAAAUAUAUCAUGAACGGCAUAGCUUGGUUCAUUAAGAAAGGCGAGCCUGUUGAUGUUACUAAGCCAAUUGUACAGCGGUUUACUCGCAAGAUCACUGCCGGUGACCCACGAAGAGCGUUCUCGGACAAGGUUAUCGUUAGUCACUUGGAUAAAACAUUUCUUCCUCUGCAGUAUGGGGAAGGCGCAGGCGCAGAUGUCCUUUGCCGGAUUACGUGCGAUCUGUCUGCGGCAGACGAGAAGAAAUUCAAGGAGAAGAACAGACAUUGGUGGUCGACUGGUGAAAGGUACUUGCGCGUACAAUACGAGGUGCACGUUGUGAUGGGAGCGGCGGACAUUACAUUCGAGCUUUGGUUCGAGGGCCAGAAAUUGAGUAGGAGUAAUUCCAUCGCAGUCGAGUGGCAGGUUUCCUCAGCGCCUGAACCGCCAUUCGUACCAGGUUCUGCGGUCCCGGUGAACCACGCUAUAUUCAACGGGCAAUAUCCCGGUGGCGAGAAUAGAACUAGUUACGGAUGA